AUGAGACGAACAAAUCGCGUCGAACCGGUCAACGCCGGUAAUGAUGCAAAUGAUUUAGCACGAGCAACCAUGACGACAACAACACGCAUGGAAUUUGUUCGACGAGUUCAAGUACUUCCAAUGGAACAAGCAGUUGCUCAAUUGCAUGGCGAUCUGAAUCAAUCACUUGCCGGCGAAGCAACGAUCUCGCCUAGGAUUUGGACUGGAAUGCAGCGUCCCGCAACACCCAUAGCUAUCAGAGGUACUCGUCGAGCAAUCUGGGUUAUCGGUUGUCUAUUUAUUACAGUUGGUCUACUUGCUCUUUUUGCUUUAAUUGUCGGUUUAACGAUUGCCUUUGGGACAACGAAUGCAAUCGGCGAAAGUGGCAUCGAAAGAUAUGAUGUCGGUGAUUUACACUACGGAGUCGACAAUGUGGAUAGUGAGAAAUUUCCAUCCAACACAUAUCUGUCUAAUGAUAAUAAAAUUGCGGUUCAAAAAUAUUUUGCAGAUCAAUUUAUCAAUGAGUCUGGCUAUCGCGGUCUUUUUAUCGAUGGAGUACUUGUGCAACAACAAUCUGGAAGUAGUCGACGACGAAGAGAUGCAUCGUGCGAUGCCAUUUUUGUUGUUCGAAAUAUUCAGGUAUAUUUCGAUUAUUGUUCGACGUGUGCUGGUUCGCGCAAUCUGGCCUUACGUCGUGCACUUUCAAAUAUAACGGCCUUUCAGCAACCUCUGGAACUACUAUUGAACAGUGCUGGUCAAGCGAAAGUGGCAACAGAAAUCUGUUCUGUCCCAACGAUGUCUCGUUUAAUUAUACCAGUACAAUUAAGUAUAUUACAAGCUGAAAGGAUCAAUUCAAGUCUCAUACAUACUACUACUACUACAUACUCUCCCACAACUGUAACACAAACGACUUCUUCCACCUACACUUCAAGUAUACGACGAUCGUCUGGUCGUUCGACAAGUGUAUUAACAUCGCGAGGUGUUACUACGCAAAAAGUAACGUCGAUGAGAAAAAUAACAACGACAACGACAACGACUACUGUCGCACCGAUUGAAACAACAAUGGCUGAUGAUACUACGACAGGUAUACAUACAGUAACAUCAGCAGGAGUAACCGAUUCUAUAUUAACGACGGAAUCGACAGUUACCGAAAGAGUGACCAUGCAACAAACAGAUGUACCUACGACACGGAGUGAAAUCGACACGACAACAGCAGAGCAAUCGGAUGAUGUAGUAACAACUGAAGAAGUAGAGUCUACAUCACCAUCAUCGUCAUCGUCGUCGACUGAAGGACCUGAAGAUUCUACAUAUACGAUGGAAUUAACGUCGUUCUCAACGGAUACUGCAACAGUCGAUACAGAUACAACGUCAGCGUAUGAAGAGAUGAUUUCAACAUCUACUCUUGACCUCGUGAAAAAUAUCACAACCACUGAUGAAACUGUAACGACUUCUAUUGAUAAUUCUACUGAAAUGACUGAUACUACGACGCUCGAUUUAUCAACAGUAAACGAUACUACAACAGAAUCUGAUUCACUCGAAACGACAACUAAUAUCGCACAAACAGAUUUGGAGACGAAUUCAACACUGGAAAUGCUAUCAACCACUGUUUUUGAUGACAACUCGACAACGUACGAAGACGUCACUGACCUAACAACGGAAAUGGAAUCUAGUACAAUAUAUAGUUACACAGAAGAAACAACGUCCCUACCUGAACAUGUUCCAACGACCAUGAAACCGACGACUAGUUAUUCGCGUUUAACAUCUAAGAAGAUUGUACCAUAUAAACCAUCAUUGUCUACUAGUGGUAGACGAUAUACAUCAGCCCAACAAACGACUCCAUCUGCAAUUACGAUGUCAUCGGGAAAACCAGGCCGCACACGAAAACAAACAUACUAUUCCACACUCUUUACUUCGCCUAUGAUAACAUCUACAAAUACCUAUCGACUAACAACGGAUAAACGACGUGGACGUCUGACUACUGCUAGUGCUUCGAUUACAUCAGCGAAAGCAGGACGUACACAGAAGCAGACAUACUAUUCAACAGCAACUACAUCAGUCACUGCACCGUCUACGAACACCUAUCGACCGACAGUAGAUAAACGACAGGGACGUCUGACUACAGUUGCAACUCCAGUAACAUCAAUUAAACCAGGCCGUACACAGAAGCAAACGUACUACUCAGCACUUCUUACCUCACCGGCUAUAACAUCUGCAAAUACUUAUCGACAAACAACGGAUAAACGACGUGGACGUCUCACUACUGCUGGUGCUUCGAUUACAUCAGCAAAAGCAGGACGUACACCAAAACAAACAUACUACUCAACACUCUUUACUUCACCUAUUGUAACAUCUACAAUCAAUUACCAGUCGACGACUAACAAACGACGAGGACGUUGGACAACUGCGAAGACCUCAUUCGCAACCACCGGCCAAACAAAUACUCGAGUUUACACGACGGUGACACUUCCAGUGACUACAGCAACUCGGCAACGCGGUCGAUCCAAAGCUACAAUCGGCACAUCGAAACAAACAACCUACUAUCCAACAACGAUGACUACAACCUAUAAAACAACAGUUCUGCCGACAACUACUACAACUCAAGAUUACACAUCCAUAGCAAGUACAGAAAUAAUAGUUACGGAUUCAACGUCUGCAACAGGUACAAAUACGGAACUACCGAUUGAUCUUGAGCAAACAUCGACCGCAUCAAAUGAAGAACUUAGUACUGAAUCAUUAUCGUUAGAAGAUUUAGCAUCUACAGAUGGAACGUAUACAACAACUCCAAAAAUCAGCACAACAACCACAAAGAUCGUAAGUACUUCUGGCAUGAUAAACACGCUUAGUUUGCUUGAUAACACAACUGAAGAACAACGCUUGCAUUCAUUAAUCUUUACUACUACUACUACUACUACUAUAUCAUUCACAAAUGCUUACAUAGAAAGUAGUUCUAUCACUUCUGCGUCUACAGCUGAUGUAUCGAGAAGAUCAACAGAACUAUUGAAUACAUUAUUUGACAUAUCCGCAUCAACAGUACGUUCAAGUAAAAUAUCAACUGAAGAUCAUUCGUCUUACUCAAAUUCAGAACUGUAUGAACGCCCAACAGCUUUCACAGCCGUCAACAGUGAGAAUGAUCAAAACUCUGUAACUGCAUCACAUACCAUCAUACAGUCGACUACGGAAUCAUUAUUUUUUGCUGAUCCAUCAACUACCGGAACAUCGAGUACGUCACUACAAUCGUCGACAAUGGCGUACAGUGCAUCUCAUUCAUCAACUGGAAUUGUUUCUCUGGCUAGUAGUGAAUCCUCAGCGCAGAAAUCAUCAACCAGUACUAUUUCGGCCAUUGAAACGAAUACAGUUCCAGUAAAUAGUAUCUCUCGCUCAGACUUAUUUACGUAUGAAUUUGAGACAACUACCGAUCUAAUAACUAACUCACAUUUAUUAACACAUAUUACUAAUGCUGUUAUCAAUGAUUAUGCUUCUCUUACAACUAACAUCGAUCAAACAUCAUCUUCGACAAUUCACUCAUUGACAUCGGACAUAUUUCAGGAUAAACAAACUACUGGUCAGAUAUCCACAGCUUCUUUGACGACAGUAGAUUCUAGUAAAAGCUCUCCACCGACAUCACCACCAACGAACGACGUUCAUCUUGAAACCAAUAUAAUUACGACCGAUGGUUAUCAUCUGGAUUCUAUAAGCACACAGUCUAUCUCAGAAACAUCUAAAGAUCUCACCGUUGACAAUGAUUUGCCCACAGUUGUUGAGCAGCAUUCAACUCCAGCCCAUCAUUCGUCAUCAUCCAACAUAGAAAAUUCAGAUAAAAUGACAACCGGCAACAACUAUCCAACGGUGUCGGAGAGAACUAUCGAAAAUUCGAAUACCAAUACAAUGAAAGCAGUGGAACAAACAAGUGACAUAAUCCUGACUACCAUAAACAUCGACGAUAAUUUUCUCAUAUCAGAUACAUCUUUAGUAUCAGUGUCCACAGAUCGUUCCAUUCAGGCGAGUGUACUGGCCACAUCGUCAGCAAUUUCAUCAAUUACUACACCUCUAACUAACGACAUUGACAAUAUUCCGCAUACAACGGUGACGGAUACAUCUCGUAAUACGUCUAUCGUGCCUGACGACUCAAAAACCGACUUAACUACCGCAGAUAAUACCAUUGCCACUUCGCCCACAUCUCUUUUUCCGUCUACCAAUCUACCGAAUGACUCCAGUUCAAAAGAAUCGUCCACCGUCUAUAUUGAUGCUAUAACGUCUAAGGCAAAUAAUGACAUAUCCACUGCCACCAUGAUUAUAACCACCGCGAAUGAGGCUUCCACGCCUACCAAGAAAUCCUCUUCCGUCGAUGCUACCACUGGUACAGCAGAAUCCAUAAUCAAUCAUUCAGUCACUGCCGUUCCAACCGACGCUGAUGCCGCUUUAAUGACAACUGUCGAUAGUAGCGCCAAAACUUCACCACUAUCUCGCCCUCAAUCAACUGACUCACAAGAUGAAGCCACUUCCACUGAAACAUCCAGUUUAACUACCAACACAAGUACAGUAUUCAACGAAAUCAAUCCAAUCCCGUUUUCUACUAUAGAAGAAAACGGUAUUCAAUCAUCUACCGCUCAUGUUGACGAUGCAACAGCCAUCAACGACGCUUCAUCACACCACGAGAAACUAUUUUCCACCGAUUCUACUGUCCUGUCGGUAAAAUCGACAACGCACUCUUCUUCCACUUCAACUGCUACUGACCAUGAGAAUAUUGCAGUAACAACUGACUUCAAGUCUACCGAUCUGUCCAAUAUGUCAAGUUCAACUCAACCAUCUACUAUAACUCCAAGUACCACUGAAGCUACUUCAACCACAAGAGAACAUACCACCACACCAUCAUCUACCAUUCACAUCCAGGAUGUAACCACGCAAAAAGAGGCUACCUCACUCCAUGGAGAAUCAUCCUCGAGGGGUUCUACCGUUAUCGUAGUACAAUCGACGACAGAACUCUCUCCUAUUUCAUAUUUAACUGACGCCAAGGGCGCUAUGUUGAGAACUAUGGAUAUUAGAAGUACCAGUGCAGUCACAACUAAUUCAGAAUCCACCGAUUUAUUCAUCACAACUCGAACUGAUAUCGGAACAUCCAGUGAAGCUGCUUCAGCCACACCAUCAACCACAGACGAAAGCAGCGCUAUUCGAUCAUCUACCGCUCAUGCUCACGACACUACAUCCAGGAACGACGGUUCAUCCCACCCCGAGAAAAUCUUUUCUACUGAUUCCACUGUUGUACCGGUGAAGUCCACGACGGGCUCUUCUACUUCACCUUCUAAUGACAAUGAGGAUAUUCCAGUAACAACUGACAACCACUCUACCGAUCUGUCGAACAGGGCAACUUCAGCUGGAACGCCUACUGUAACUCGAACUAGCAGUGAAGCUGCUUCAGCCACCUCAUCAACGACAGAAGAAAGCAGCGCUAUUCGAUCAUCUACCGCGCAUGUUGACGAUACAACAGCCAUUAACCAGGCUUCAUCACACUACGAGAAGUUGUUUUCCACUGAUUCUACUGUUGUACCGGUGAAGUCGACGACGGACUCUUCUUCUACUCGAACUGCUAGUGACAAUGAGGAUAUUGCAGUGACAGCCCACUUCCAGUCUAGCGAUCUGCCGAGCACACCAACUUCAGCUGAGACAUCUACUGUAACUCGAACUAGCAAUGAAGCUGCUUCAACCACAAGAGAAAAUCUCACUACUGAAUCAUCUACCAUUCACAUCCAGGAUGUAACCACUGAAAAUGAUGCUGUAUCACUCCACAGAGAAUCAUCCUCGAUCGAUUCUACCGUUAACGUAGUGCAAACGACAACUGAACGCUCUCCUGCUUCAUAUUUAACAGACGCCAAGGACGCUAUGCUCAGAACUACGGAUAUUAGGAGUGCCAGUGCAGUCACAACUAAUUCAGAAUCCACCGAUUUAUCCGUCACAACUCGAACUGAUAUUGGAACAUCCAGUGAAGCUGCUGCAGCCGCACCAUCGACCAGAGAAGAAGACAUGCCUAUUCGAUCAUCUACCGCUCAUAUUGACGAUACAACACCAAUGAACCACGCUUCAUCACACCACGAGAAACUGUUUGCCAUUGAUUCUACUGUGGUGUCGGUACGAUCGACGACGGACUCUUCUUCUGCUCGAAUCGCUAAUGAUAAUGAGAAUAUUGCAGUAACAACUGACUUCAAGUCUAGCGAUCUGCCGAACACAACAACUUCAGCUGAGACGUCUACUGCAACUCGAAGUAGCACUGCAGCUGCUACAACCACCAGAGAAAGCCUUGCUAUUCAAUCUACUAUCAUUCAGAUCCGGGAUGUAACCACGCAAAAUGAUGCUACAUCACUCCACCAAGAAUCAUCCUCGAUCGAUUCAACCGUUGUCAUGGUGCAAACGACAACUGAACGCUCUGCUACUUCACAUUCAACAGACUCCAAAGACCCUAUGCUGAGAACUACAGAUAUUAGGAGUACAAGUGCAGUCACAACUAAUUUAGAAUCUACCGAUUUAUUCAUCACAACUCGAACUGAUAUUGGUACAUCUAGUGAAACUGGUUCAGCCACACCAUUCACGACACAAGAACGCAUGGCUGUUGAACCAUCUACCGCGCAUGUUGAUGAUACAACACUAGUGAACCACGCUUCAUCCCACCACGAGAAACUAUUUUCCGAUGAUUCUACUGUUGUACCGGUGAAGUCGACGGCGCACCCUUCUACCACUUCAACUGCUAAUGACAAUGAAGAUACUGCAGUAACAGCAAACUUCCGGCCUACCGACGUGCCGAAUAUGUCAAGUUCGACUCAAACGUCUACUGUAACUCGAACUGGCAGUGAAGCUGCUUCAGCCACAUCAUCAACAACAGCGGAACAGAUCCCAGUUCGAUCAUCUACCGCUCAUAUUGACGAUACAACAGCCAUUAACCACGCUUCAUCACACGACGACAAGCUAUUUUCCACUGAUUAUAGUGAUCUCCCGGUAAAAUCGACACCGCACUCUGCUUCUACUUUAGCUCCUGACCACAAUGAUGAUGCUGCAGUGACAUCUGACUCCAAGUCUACAGAUCUGCCGGAUAGGUUAAGUUCAGCUCAGAAGUCUACUGUAACCCAAAGUACCACUGAAGCUGUUUCAGCCACAUCGUCGACGACGAAAGAACCCAUCGCUAUUCUAUCAUCUACCGCUCAUAUCGACGAUACAACACCAGUGAACGACGCUUCAUCAAACCACCAGAAAUUGUCUUACACUGAUUCUACUGUUCUCCCGGUAAAAUCGACGACGGACUCUUCUUCUACUCCAACCAUUAAUGAUAAUGAGGAUCUUGCAGUAACAACCCACUUCCAGUCUAGCGAUCUGCCGAGUAUCUCAAGUUCAACUCAAACGUCUACUGUAACUCGAAGUACCACUGAAGCUACUUCAACCACCAGAGAAAGCUUUGCUAUUCAAUCUUCUACCAUUCACAUCCAGCCUGAAACCACGCAAAAUGAUGCUACAUCACUCCGCGAAGAAUCAUCCUCGAUCGAUUCCACCGUUAACGUAGUGCAAACGACAACUGAACGCUCUCCUACUUCAAAUUCAACUCCCGAUAUGGAUGCUAUGGUGAUAACUACGGAUGUUAGGAGCACAGAUGCAGCCACAAGUAAAUCUGCCGAUUUAUCAAUCACAACUCGAACUGAUAUUAGAAUAUCCAGUGAAACUGCUUCAGUCACACCAUCGACCACAGAAGAACGCAUACCUAUUCGAUCAUCUACCGCUGAUAUUGACGAUACAACAGCCAUAAGCGACGCUUCAUCACACCACGAGAAACUGUUUGCCAUUGAUUCUACUGUGGUGUCGGUACGAUCGACGACGGACUCUUCUUCUGUUCGAACCGCUAAUGAUAAUGAGAAUAUUGCAGUAACAGCUGACUUCAAGUCUAGCGAUCUGCCGAACACAAGAACUUCGCUUGAGACAUCUACUGUAACUCCAAGUACCACUGAAGCUGCUUCAACCACCAGAGAGAGCUUUUCUAUUCAAUCUACUACCAUUCACAUCCAGGAUGUAACCACACAAAAUGAUGCUACCUCACUCCACGGAGAAUCAUCCUCGAUCGAUUCGACCGUUGUCAUGGUGCAAACGACAACUCAACGCUCUCUUACUUCAUAUUUAACAGACGUCAAGGACGCUAUGCUGAGAACUACGGAUAUUAGGAGUGCAAGUGGAGUCACAACUAAUUCAGAAUCUACCGAUUUAUCCAUCACAACUCGAACCGAUAUUGGAACAUCCAGUGAAACUGUUGCAGCCGUGCCAUCCUCGACACAAGAACACAUGGCUAUUCAAUCAUCUACUAAGCAUGUUGAUGAUACAACACUAGUGAACCAGGCUUCAUCCCGCGACGAGAGACCAUUUUCCACUGAUUAUACUGUUCUACCGGUGGAGUCGACGACGUACUCUUCUUCUACUUCACCCUCUAAUGACAGUGAGGAUACUGCAUUAACAUCUAACUUCCAGUCUAUCGAUCUACCGAAUACGUCAAGUUCAACUCAAACGUCUACUGUAACUCGAAGUACCACUGAAGCUGCUUCAGCCACCUCAUCAACCACAGAAGAAAGCAGCGCUAUUCGAUCAUCUACCGCUCAUAUUGACGACACAACAGCCAUUAACCAGGCUUCAUCACACUACGAGAAGUUGUUUUUCACUGAUUCUACUGUUGUACCGGUGAAGUCGACGACGGACUCUUCUUCUACUCGAACUGCUAGUGACAAUGAGGAUAUUGCAGUGACAGCCCACUUCCAGUCUAGCGAUCUGCCGAGCACACCAACUUCAGCUGAGACAUCUACUGUAACUCGAACUAGCAAUGAAGCUGCUUCAACCACAAGAGAAAAUCUCACUACUGAAUCAUCUACCAUUCACAUCCAGGAUGUAACCACUGAAAAUGAUGCUGUAUCACUCCACGGAGAAUCAUCCUCGAUCGAUUCUACCACUAUUAUAGCACCGUCCGCAGCUGAAUCCUCAACCAGUUCAGAUUCGAAUGAUUUUUCAAUAUCACCAUCAAUAUCUGCUGACACUAAGGAGUCUAUAUUUACAACUUCGUCUAUAGGCCGAUUUCGAUCCGUCGGUAUAUCGGACACAACAAGUUCAACUGAGUCAUCUGUUAAAGGUGGACACACUAGUGAAACUACUUCAACCAUACUGUCUAUUGUCGAAGCAGUUACUACUGUCUCACCGCUCACCACUGAUUUCGAUGUGACAACGCCAAGCUGGAAUAAUGAAACAAAUGUAUUUUCGACCGGCGGUAUAACUAUCGCCUUACAGUCGACAAAUGGAGGAUUAGCAGUGUCAAAUUUUACUGAUAUGUCAACACUUGAGCCAGUUUCUGCCGAGAAUGACAAUAAUACGUUUGAUGAAACGUCAGUCGUGCCUGAAGAACGAAGAGUUUACUUAUCAUCUGAGUCGGUUUCUGAAUCUACGAACUUACCAAGUGAAUUACGUCCCGCUGAAUCAUCUGUCACAGCUCAACCCAGCAGUGAAGCAGUCACUGAAAUCGGUUCAACAAAAAUAUCUACCACAGAACCAGAUAUUCAUAUUCGAUCGUCCAUUUUGCACGUCGAUGCAGUUACGUCAAAAGCAAGCUCUGGAACAUUCGACACCACAACACUAAUAACAGUAGUAGACGAUGAAGCGUCACGUACCGAAAACCUCUUUUCGACCGCUCCUACUGUAUCCGAGCUUACCGAAAAUAAACACACUGUACUCACAACUGUGACAAGUACAUUGGAUGAUGUAUUGACCAUAUCUGAUAAAUCUGGAGCUGAUCUGUCCACUGGAUCACGUACUACGGUUCGUACUGGCAGUGCAACAACGCAUGAAACUGCUUCAGUUAGGAUGCCCACAACGGAAGAAAAUACCAGCAUUCAACCGUCUACCACUCACAUCAAUGCAAUAGUGCCAGACGCCAGUAAUGAAACAUCGGCCACAACAGUACUCACAACAAUAAUGCAUAAUGCGUCAUCAGUCUCAACAUCGACAUUUAACGAAGAUUCAGUUGAGAAGCAGUCAACAACCGAACGCUCGACUCUAUCAGAUUCUAGUGAAUUCGAUACUAUUCCAUCCACAACGGUGACACACAUAUUAGACCGUUCGUCGACCGCACACAACACUAUUGCAAGCUCAUCGUCAUUUCUUUCUCUAUCUAUCGAUCAACUGAAUAUAUUAAGUUCGACUGAAUCGUCUACUUUUGAAGUCGAGAAAACAGCAUCUCACGCGAAUAAUGAACCAUCUACGACUACUAUAUUGCUUACCACGACAACAGAUGAUACAUCAUCCGUGACUGACAGACGGGAACAUGAUUUAUUAACCGUGCACGAUACCAUUAUAACUUCAUCCACAUAUCAUUCUCACUCGACUAAGAUGCCAGAUACAUUCAGUGAAACUGAUCCAACAAAACUGUCUACCACUCGUGUCGAUACAUCAUCAGUUCAAGAAAAAAUGUAUUCGAUCGGCCCUACUAGUAUCCUGGCACAAUCGACGAGUGAAUUUUUGACUGUGUCAGAUUCUAUCGGUACUUCGCAAAUAAUGAAAUCCAACCCAACGUUACUGGCAGAUCAUUCAACAAGAGAGAGAUCCAUGUCCACUAACUCUAUUAUUGAUUCAACAAGUACUACUUUGGAUAAAGAAGAAUCAACUUCAACUGUAGGAAUAUCAUCUCAUCAAUCGAAUGCAAAUAAUUUCCAACACUCAACGACGUAUCUUACGCAGCAAGACGUAUUCUCGACUAUUUCAGCAUCAUUCACUCCUAUUAACGCAGAUUCUGUUACAUUAUCAGAAGAAACAUCUGUCAAUCUUGACUUAACCACCGAUUUGCAUAAUAAACAAGCAACAUUGCCAUCAACUCAAAAUCACAUGUAUUCAACAACAGAGAAAAUCAGUCCUACAAGUGUUUCGACUGAUUCAGAUCCAUCGUUGGCCGAUGCUAAAACAAGCCUUUCUCUCAAUAUCAGCCAAUCGACCGAAAUGGAUCAUACGACCAUGAAAGCCAAGUCAUCUACUGCUUCCCAAAUCGAUGAUGAAACAACAACGUCAAGUAAAAUCGAACAAAUCUCAACUAGUACUGCAACAACAUCAUCCCUGUUGGCUGUCUUAACAAGCAAUUAUCAAUUCAAUCCAGAUUUCACUACCAAAAAUGAGAUUAGGUCGAUAUCAUUGACUGAUAGUCAACAAACAGAUGCACCAGCCAAAUCUUCGACUGGUUCCACAUCUUUCAACUCGAUUCAAUCGACAACCAAUUCAUCUAAUGGAACUUUGCCUACUCCAACAACACGCACUGAACAAACCUCAAGCACGAUAGCAUCUUCUACUGAUAUUUUAAAUACCACUUUAACCUCACCAUAG